CGAAAGUCCAGAGCAUUCCAUGAGCCUCGUGAACCUGCAGCGAUUUUGAGGCUGAUAUUCUUCCUUAUUGAACGGGCCUGAACUACGUACGCCCUUGCUCGAACUCGACUUGCAACAACCAAGCACCCAACGCCGCAGCGCACUGUUUCUCGAACGCCCUCAGGACAGCCUUGCCCGCCAUGUCGACUGCGGAAGAGCUCAAAGCUCUGGGCAACAAGGCCAUCGCAGCCAAGAAUUUCGACGAGGCCAUUUCACCCAGGCCAUCGCGCUCGAUCCCACCAACCACAUCCUCUACAGCAACCGAUCAGCAGCCCACGCGUCCAAGAAGGAGUGGGAUCGUGCGCUCGCCGAUGCCGAGAAAACUACAGAGUUGAAGCCAGACUGGCCC